AUGGCUCUACCGCUGCUGCUUACUCUGCCCAAGGAGCUCUGGCAAAAUGUGGCGGUUGAGGUUGUUGCCUCUGUAUUGGAUGAUGAAGACGAAGCCAAUCACCAGCUGCCCUUCCCGGCAAGCCUUCUUCCCCCACUCAAGAACCCCCGUACGUCUGGGUACGCGGGGUCCAUCGGUCAAGAUCCUAUCCCCCAUCCAUUGGCACGCUGGAACCCCAGCCUCCCGCUUCUGCCUUGCACAAGCCGUGAUGGUCGGCUCAGCCGGCAGACACAACACUGCUCCUUGCGACAUCCACCGUGCAAUCGAUCAUCCAUCCUCGCGCUCUUGGCUAUCUGUCGCGUACUCCGAGGACACCUCAUCGGCCUCCAGCCCUUCUGGGCUCAAAUCGCAUUAUCGUUCCCCACAUUCCUUCCGGACUCCCUCGACUGGGCCGGGCAUAGUUUGGCAUAUCCGUCCCGGCUUGAAACAGCGCACGGGCUGUGCUCCUGCGUACUCCCGAUGCUUUUACCGCGCGUCACGCAUGCCACCCAUAUACGCGUCGCGUUACCCUGCGCACCGUUCGGCGAACAAUAUCCCUGCGAUCAGAUCCUUGACCUGUUGAAAGAUUCCCCUCAGCGCAUACAACGUCUGGAUGUGCGCCAAGAUUUGCCGAAUUCAACUAUCGGUACUGCAACGCAUACCCCACAAGCCCUUGAGCUUCCGUUGCUUCAGUCGUAUAUUGGGGUGAACAUGUUGUGCACAGCUUACAGCAAAAGCUUAAGGACACUCUACCUGGCGUCACAAGGUGACAAAGUUGCCUUGCCAGUCGAUUUUUUCCUCGGGGUACUACGCGAGUGUUCACGCCUCGAGGAGCUGAGCGUUCAGACCGCACUUCGAGACGCCAUUGACGAUAUCGACGAACAGUCUCCCAUAAUUCACCUUCCCUAUCUAAGGUUUUUCCUGCUAUGCGACUAUCUCGAACGCUGGCGUCUGAUUCUGUCAAGCAUAGACAUCCCAGACAGCACUUCUAUCCACGCAGACAUUGUAAUGGACCACCUGUCUCAGCACCUAGGCGAGUUCAGGGACUUUGCUAUCAUAGCAGCUCACGACUGUCUGCCCGCUCAAAUGUCUUGUAAAGUGGUGCUGGUUGAAUACCAUCAAGUGAAGAAAGAGCGCUUCAUGGAGGAUCGCGCUGGACCUCAGUUUGUCAGCUUCGUCUUUGCCAACACGGAAGAUGCUGUUUGGGCCGGACGGGAUCCUAUGCGACGCGAGGCACGAAACAGCCUCACGUUGCGCUUUCAAGGAGAAGCACUUGCGAGCAGGUACCCUGCGGGGGAAUGGGAACUUGACGGUCCCGCCUGGCAUCCUCCAGAGAGCGAUGAUCUCUUCCACUACCUCCUCUCUGGUAUCGACUACGACUUGAAUUCCCGCCGGCUCGAGCAUCUCAAUUUUGGAAUCACGGAAACAUUCAUCGAGAAAGCUGGAGGUAGAGUGCGACAUAUUUCCAGCUGCAGGCGGAUCGCGAAGACGUUCCCAAACCUUCGUUCGCUGGUCAUAUACGGAGCAACCAACGAAACGUUCUACAUUGUACCUGACAUGAUCAAAGAGUUGGCUUGGGAAAAAAGUCCGUGGUACAAUCUGAAGCAAGUUCGACUACCGGACUGGGAGGGUGCAGAGACAUUCCGAAUGAUCUUAUCCGAAAGAACAUCAUGA